AUGCAGACGAUGAAGGACGGGGAUUUUAUGGCUGGCGUUGACGGCACUUGCUAUGUCAGUCAUCAUCGUGCCCUCACUCAGAGCCAAGGCAAUAUCGGCAUCACAGUGAUCGCCACCUGUUUGAAAGCCUUGUUGCUCCUGACGCCCUGCCUUGGCAUGUUCUGGACCCACGCAUUGGAGCGCAGCGAUGCCGACAUUUGCGGGCCCUAUGUGUUCUGGAUGUCCAAGUGGCUUUGGAGCGCGCUUGCCUCCUGCGAGCUGUACCUGUUCUGCCUGCUGUGCUGGAGCUUCCACGUGGCGCGGAUCCAUGAGCUUGCCCUGCGGCGCAAGGCGGAAGCUGACAUGGAUGCGCGGCUGAACCCAUCCUCGCCCGAGCGCUUGCACAUCGAUUUCGGUGCGGCGACGUUGUCUUAG